UUUGUGUGUAUGUGGAUGCUAGAAUGCGAAAGGAGGAGGCAGGGUAGAGCAGGUGGGUGUGUCCUUAUGUGUAUAGCAUGUGUGUGUGUGUGUGUGUGUGUGUCAGGAAAAGAAGGGAGGGAGGCGCUGCAUCCACCCGGCGUUGGGAUCUAUUGUUCCUCGGUCUUAUUGGUGCCAUUCUGUGUAAUGAAGGAGCCGAGAGAGAAGGAGACCCAGAGGACAAGUGAGGACCGGUUCAGGACAAGUGAGGAGCCAUCAGGAUUACCUCUCCUGGACGUGGCGGAGUAGACAAAAGCAACACACACUUCUUCACCUCGUGGCUUCCUGUCGAUCCGCCGCCUGCAUCGGGAAGCCGGGGGGCUGGCUGGGCAGUGGCCAUGGGGCUGGCCGGCACAGCAGGGGGGACGUCGGGGGUCCUGGAAAGGAACGCCCGGCUCUGGAGGCUAGCGCUGCUCUUUCUCUCCAUCUGGGAACUCGGCGCGCAAACCGCAGUGGAAACUGGAGCCAGGUACCGCUGGCAAACAGGACCGUGGGGUCGAUGCAUGGGCAGCGAGUGCGGGCCCGGUGGGAGCCAGAGCAGAGCGGUGUGGUGUGCACACGCCGAAGGUUGGACCACACUGCACACAAACUGCAACCCGGCAGAACGACCCAACAACCAGCAGAGUUGCUUCAGAGUGUGUGACUGGCACAAGGAUCUUUACGACUGGCAACUGGGGGCGUGGAACCAGUGCGUGUCCGUGUCGAUGCGCAGCGCGGGUGUGCAAAGACCCGCCGUGUGCACCCGGGCGGAGGAGGGCAUUCAGACCCGAGAAGUGGGUUGUGUCCAGAAAGCCAACGGCGAGCCGGCAGAGGAUGCGAUCUGCGAAUACUUUGAACCCAAACCACGCCUGGAGCAAGCUUGUCUCAUCCCUUGCCCUCGGGAUUGUGUGGUGUCGGAGUUCAGUCCUUGGACAUUCUGUUCCAAGACCUGUGGGAUAGGUUUGCAGAACAGAAUUCGCAUUGUUCUCGCUCCCCCGUUGUUUGGUGGGUCCGCCUGUCCAAACCUGACGGAGUUUCAGACAUGCCAGCCGGGACCGUGCGAGGGGGAAGAGAGUCCGUACAGUCUGCGGGUCGGACCCUGGGGGCCUUGCUCUGUGUCGGUCUCCAGGCAGGCCAGGCAAGCUAUCAAAGCACUCAGUGAGAGUGACGGCGUUAAACCCACCGGAGAGGGCAGAACACAGUCCAAAAGAGGGGAGAAAAAGGCCAAAGUCGGGGACAAGAGGUCGGUUCAGGCCGAUGACGUUUCCAAAGACGGAGACAGACCACUAAGACCCAACAGGAAAUUGGGUAAGGCCAACAGAAACCCUGACAGAGCGUCCCGUCAGCUUGACCGGCCCAAAAGACAGAGGAAAGUAAAAAACAAAGAGAAAAAGGAGAAAGUCCGGGAGAAAGUCCGGGAGAAGUUGAAGGAAAGAGGGAAGGUAAAAGAUCCUGCGGCCAGAGAGCUCAUGAAAAAGACUCGAAACAGGAACCGUCAGAACCGCCCGGGAGGAAAGUCCUGGGACGUGCAAAUUGGCUACCAGACAAGAGAAGUCACCUGCGUUCACAAGCGGGGGAACGUUGACGCUCUCAGCUUCUGCUCUCACGAAUCGCUUCCAGUCACCUACCAAGCAUGUGUCAUGCCCAAGGACUGUGAUGUGAGCGACUGGUCUGAGUGGUCCGCUUGCUCCAGGGACUGCUACCGCCCCGACGGGCCCGAGGGAGAGCAGACUCGGACACGGAAAGUCGGCCAGUUCCCCAUCGGAGGAGGAGCCGAGUGUCCUGAGCUGGAGGAGAAGCGGCCGUGUCGUCCUGGAGAGACGGUUGCCCCGUGCAUCGUACACAGCUGGAAGACCAGCGAGUGGACAGAGUGCAGGGUGGACAUGUUGCUGAGUCAGCAGGAUCGUCGCAGGGGAAACCAGACCAGCUUGUGUGGAGGCGGCGUGCAGACCCGAGAGGUUUACUGCGUCCAGGAUGGAGCGGAGAGAACGUCCAACCUCAGUUCUCUCAGGACCAAAGAAGUGUGGCGUCCCGUGGACAACAGUCUGUGUUUGGCGGCCCCCCCCAACACCAGCCAGCUCUGCCACAUCAACUGUCCUGUCCAGUGUGACCUCUCGUCCUGGAGCGCCUGGGGACCCUGCACCUACGAAAACUGCCAGGACCCCAGCGCUAAGAAAGGUUUCAAGAUGAGGAAGAGGAAGAUCGUGAACGGUCCACCAGGUGGGACAGGUAACUGUCCUCACCUGGUGGAGGCCAUCCCGUGUGAAGAUCCAAGUUGUUUUGAUUGGUUGCUGCUCAGACUGGACUCGUGUGUUCCUGACAACGACAAGGACUGUGGACCAGGAACCCAGAAUCCUCAAGUUCAGUGCGUCAACAGCGACGGCCAGCAUGUGGAGCGCCAACUAUGCCGGGAUGCCAUCCUUCCCAUGCCAGUCAUCUGUGAGGUGCCUUGCCCGAAGGACUGUGCACUCAGCCCUUGGACUUCCUGGUCCCUCUGCUCCCACACCUGCUCUGGGAAAAACACAGAGGGCAAGCAGACCCGAGCUCGCUCCAUCUUGGCGUAUCACGCAACGGAAGGUGGAGUGCAGUGCCCCAACAUCAGUGCCUUACAGGAAGUGCGUAGCUGCAACCAGCACCCGUGUACUGUGUACCACUGGCAGACGGGCCCUUGGGGCCAAUGCAUGGAGGACUCCUCCAUCCCCGCCGCCAACACGUCCGCGGGCCGAGGGCGUGGAAGCGAUGCUUCCUGCUCCGUGGGGAUGCAAACACGCAAAGUCAUCUGUGUGCGGGUCAACGUGGGCCAGGUUCCUCCCAAAAAGUGUCCAGAGAGUCUACGUCCAGACCCAGUGCGACCGUGCCUGCUGCCCUGCAAGAGAGACUGUGUUGUCACGUCUUACAGUGAUUGGAGCAGCUGUCCUUCCACCUGUCACAUAGGCGGUAAGACGAAGAAGAAGCAGCACAGAAGACGUGUGAUGGUUCAGUUCCCAGCCAAUGGAGGUCAGGACUGUCCUGAAGUGCUGAGUCAGCUCCGAGACUGUGACGCUCCUUCUGUGUGUCCAGGAUUCAAAUGGAAAAGCCAUAAAUGGCGGAGAUGUCAAAUGGUCCCGUGGUCAGUUCGUCAGGACAGCCCCGGGUCUGAGGAGACUUGUGGUGCAGGUCUACAGGUUCGAGCUGUUUCCUGCCGCAAGCGAGCGGGCGGACAGGCAGAUGUCGAAGCUUGCCUGAAGUUUUCCAGCUCCAUGCCACCUCUCACCCAGCCCUGCCAGGUGCCGUGCCAGGAGGACUGCCAACUGAGCAGCUGGUCCAAGUUCUCCCCCUGCGCGGCCGACUGCGUGGGCGUCAGGGUGCGCAAACGCCUUCUCAUGGGUAAGAGCAAAAAGCGCGAGCUGUGCAAGAACCACCAGGCGUACCCGCUGGGCGAGACCCAGUACUGCCCCUGCAACAAAUACAACGCCCAGCCGGUGGGCAACUGGUCCGACUGCAUCCUGGCGGAAGGCGGCCGCACCGAAGGACCAGUGGGCACCAAGGUCCAGGGCGAUACCAAGGAGUGCGGUCAGGGGUAUCGAUACCAGGCCAUGGCUUGCUACGACCAGGAUAACCGUAUCGUGGAGACGUCACGCUGCAACAGUCAUGGUUACAUCGAAGAAGCUUGCAUCAUUCCUUGUCCGUCCGACUGCAAACUCAGCGAGUGGUCCAACUGGUCCAGGUGCAGCAAGUCCUGUGGCAGUGGGGUCAAAGUGCGCUCCAAGUGGCUGAGAGAAAAGCCCUACAACAGCGGGAGGCCGUGUCCUAAACUGGACCAUGUCAACCAGGCCCAAGUGUAUGAAGUGGUGCCUUGCCUCAGUGACUGUGGGCAGCAUGUGUGGCUGGCAGAGCCGUGGAGUGUGUGGAAAGUCAGCAACUCGGACUUGAACAACAACUGUGGUGAAGGCGUUCAGACCAGAAAAGUCCGGUGUAUGCUGAACACCAUCAAUGGGCCCUCGGAGCAGGUGGAGGACUACCUGUGUGACCCCGAGGAGAUGCCUCUAGGUGCUCGGAACAGUCGCUUGCCUUGUCCGGAGGACUGCGUGUUGUCAGACUGGGGACUCUGGAGUCCGUGUCCACUGCCGUGUAACGUGAACCGUACUCGUGAGAGGAAGGCGUAUCUUCUCCGUCAGCCUGGACAGCAACAGGAAUGUCCUCCCAGCAGCCAGUCAGAAUCCUGCAAACUCAACAGCAACUGCUUCCACUACUCCUACAACAUCACUGACUGGAGUACGUGUCAACUGAGUGACCGAGCCGUCUGUGGGAACGGCAUCAAGACGCGCAUGCUGGACUGCGUGCGCAGUGACGGCAAAUCUGUCGACCUGACGUUUUGUAACGAGCUCGGCUUGGACAGGAAGUGGCAGAUGAAUGCUUCCUGUGUCGUCGAAUGUCCUGUCAACUGCCAGCUGUCUGACUGGGCGCCGUGGUCCCAAUGUACCCACAAGUGCGGACUGCAAGGGAAGCUGUGGAGGAGGAGGACCGUCAUCCAGGCCCCCCAAGGAGACGGCAGGCCGUGUCCGUCCCAGAUGGAGCAGUGGAAGCCCUGCCUGGUGAAGCCCUGCUACACCUGGAGAUACAGUCCCUGGUCCGACUGCAAGUCUGAGGGGGCGACGUGCGGAGAUGGUCUGCGCUUCAGGAACAUGUCGUGCUUGGUGACGGAUGGAUCGGACCUCCAGGGAAGUCUGGUGGACGAUGAGCUGUGUGGAGAUCUGGAACUGGUGGUGGACGGAGACACGCGGAUCAUACUGCAGGAGUCCUGCACCGUACCUUGUCCAGGGGAAUGCUACCUGACCGACUGGACCGCCUGGAGUGCGUGCCAGUUGAGUUGUGUGAGCGGGGACGAUCUGGGUUUCGGUUCAGUCCAAGUCCGCUCUCGGGCCGUUGUGGCGCAGGACCCUGAAAAUCUGAUUCAGUGUCCAGGACAGGAGCUGGAAGCACGGCCAUGUACAGAGGGACAGUGUUUGGAAUACAAGUGGCGAGCGGCAGCAUGGAGAGGAUCAUCACGCCACGUGUGGUGUCAGCGCUCGGACGGCUUGAACGUCACAGGCGGCUGCCCGGCAGCAACACAACCGUUGGCUGACAGAUCAUGUGACCCGGCCUGCACCAAACCUCGAUCUUUUUGUACCGAGGCGGGAGUGUGUGGCUGUGACGAAGGCUACACGGAAGUCAUGACGUCUGACGGCGUACUGGACCAGUGCACCGUCAUCCCAGUGCUGGAGAUUCCCAGCGCCGACGACAACAAAGCGGACGUUAAAACCAUCCGAGCCUUCAACCCCACCCAGCCGGCGGUCGGCCCGCCUGGCAGAGUGGGACGCACCUGGUUUCUGCAGCCCUUUGGUCCAGAUGGCAAGUUGAAGACGUGGGUGUACGGAGUAGCAGCAGGAGUGUUUGUGCUGCUCGUCUUCAUCAUCUCCAUGACCUACUUAGCAUGCAAGAAGCCCAAGAAAGCCCAAAGACGGCAAAUGAACAACCGUCUGAAACCUCUGACCUUGGCCUACGAUGGCGACGCCGACAUGUGACACUCCAACAACACUAGUAUUCAUCCUAGACCUUUUUUUUCUACUUUGGAACAUUUUCUUUCACCAGAGCCUUCAUAACUUUUACAUGCCUUGAAUUAUUUGUGCUUUUUUUUACUUUUGAAUAUUCCAUUCUUUUGUAUUCUUCCGUUCUGUCGGAACUGAGAGUCGUCUUAUUUAUUUCAUCUUCAUUCAAUCUUCUGCCUUUUUCUUGUUUUUUUUUCUUCCAGGCAUUAUUUUGCACUAUAUUAGUGCAGCAUGUUGCAGAUUUACAGUAAGUACAGUAGAGAUAGACUUUCAUUGCCUCCAAACACACUUUGGGAAACUUUUUAAAACGUGUACAUUCCACUCUGCCUGCUUUUAUUCUAACUUUUGUUCAACAUUUGUACUUUUGUACAAAAGUGUGAUUGAAGGCUGACUUCAAAUGUAUUCUGUAAUAUUUUCUAUUAUGCUUCAUUUUACAUUCAUAUGACUCGCAUCGGACUUUUCUCGGUUUGU